AUGUCCAACAUCAAGGUCGGGCAACAAGUCCGCGUCGAGGCCAAGGGCGACACCAACGGCAAGCAUGGCACCGUCCGCUUCAUCGGCACCACCCACUUCGCCGGCGGCGAAUGGGUCGGCGUCGAGCUGGAGGAUGCCAGCGGCAAGAAUGACGGCUCCAUCGGCGGCGAGCGCUACUUUGACUGCGAGCCCGCCAGAGGUGUCUUCAUCCGCCCGCCCUCGCUGACCGUCGUCCGGGACGCCCCCGCGAGACCGACCGCCAGGCCCGCCCGAUCGAGUGUCGCAGCUCCCGCGGGCGGAAGGCGCCCGAGCACCGUCACCGAUCCCGCCGCUGCAAGGAGGAUGAGCAUAAACGCCCCGAGCCCUAGUCCGGUGCCUAGGUCCCGGCCGUCGAGCAUUGCGAGGUCUCCCACUAGGCCCGAGAGACCACCACCUGCCUCGUCCGCCACGUCGUCAACUACCCCGUCCAGGACAACGACACCGUCAGGGGCUUUUGGAAGAACCUCGUCCGUUGGCGGCACCCGGCCUCGACCGUCGGUAGCUCCGACGACAAAACGGACCUCCAUGGGCCCCCCGGCUCUCCCCCCACCUUCGGCAAGACCAGCAAGACCAUCCUCUACAUCGUCCAUCACGAAGAGCACAACGACUAGGCCGGCCGCGGCUCGACUCUCAACCACUGGCGCAACCCGUGGUGCUGUCACCCGCCCGGCUGGGAGCAGGGUUCGCUCUGGAGAUUCUCUGUCUGGCAAUGAAAGUGGCACGAGCAGAUCCGCGCUUGCCUCGCCCACCAAGAGCGACGAAGACAUCAGCCCAGUCCAGGCUCGGACCCAAGCUCUCAACCGCCUUACCGCUGGUCCUACCUCUAAAGCGAAGCCGACAGUAGCCAAGUCGACACCCACAUCUGCCAAGACAUCGGCGGCCGCUAACAGCGCUGCCUCGAGAGAAAAUGCGGAUUUGAAAUCGAAAUUGAACAUCUUGCAAGAAAAGAGAACAGAAGACAGGGAGAAGAUGAAGGAUUUGCAGAAGCUGGCGGACCAGGCCGACAGGUUUGCAACAGUCAAUAAGAAACUCGAGGAGAAGUUGAAGAUAACGACACAGGAAGUUGCCAGUCUCAGGAAGCAACUGAAGGAGACUGAGGAGCGGCUAGCCGGGGUCGAUGAUAUGCAAGCGGAGCAUGAGUCUAUGAUGGAACUUGCUACUUUGGACAGGGAAAUGGCCGAAGAGACGGCCGAUGCUCUCAAGUUCGAGCUCGAGGCCGUCAAGCAGAAGCUAGAGGAGCUCGAGUUAGAGGUAGACAUCCUGCGCGAGGAGAAUGCCGGAUACGAGGAGGGCGUCACCACAGAGGACAGGGCCACCGAGAACUGGAUGAACCUUCAGAAGAAGAAUGAGCUGUACCACAGGGCACUAGUCGCACUCCACGAGAAGUCGGAGACCCAGAAAGAGGAGAUGGGAGCCGAUAUCAAGGCCCUGCAGCAGGACUUGGAGGAUUUCGACAAGGUCAAGCAAGAGUACGACAUCUGCAAGGAGAGGCUGCUCAUGUCAGAAGACAAGGUCGAAGACUUGAAAGAGCAGCUUGACAACGCACUGGGUGCCGAGGAGCUCAUCGAGAAGCUCAGCGACGAGAAUGCUCAGCAUAACGACACCAUCGCGCAGCUCCGGGACAAUAUCAAGGAUCUCGAAGAGCUCAAGGAGAUCAACGACGAGCUGGAGAUCAAUCACCUGGAGCACGAAAAGGAGCUGGAAAAGAUUAUCGAUUCCAAGGACACGGUCAUUUUCCGACAGAACCAACAGUUGACAGAACAAAACAAGGAUCUGGACGAUAUGCAGUACACAGUUGUCAAGUUCAAGGAGCUCGUCACAAACCUCCAGAGGGACUUGGAAGACAUGGAAGCCUCCCAUGCACUCAACGAGGCCGAGUCCGAACAGCUGAACAGCAAGUCCCGAGACCUGCUGGACCUCAACCACAAGCUGCAAAUCAGCGCAGAAAAGACGCAGGUCAAGACUCUCGACCUAGAACUCCAGCGUAUCGAUGCGGAAGAGGCCAAGCUUCACCUGCAAAUUGUGCAGUUCUUCUUGCCAGAUAGCUACGACCAAGACAAGCUGUCGGUUCAUGCCGUACUCCGUUUCAGCCGUCUGGCCUCCAAGGCUAGAAUGGUUCAAGGUUUCGUCAAGGAACGUAUCAGUGGACAAGCCCAUCCCGGCCAUGAAGAUGACGUUUUCGCGGGCUGCGACGCGCUGCACAAGCUGAACUGGGUCGCAACCAUGUGUGAUCGCUUCUUUGCUGCGAUCAGCCACUGUUCACUGGAGGAAUUUGCCAAGUAUGAGAACGUCUUGUUCGACUUGGAGCCGGUGGAAAGAACCCUUAAUGGAUACAUUGACAGCUUGAAGCGGGGCGAUUUCAAGGAACAGCAAUGCGCCCAAGAGUUGUCUCGCACCAUUGCUGUUCUGACCGACCUUAGCGAAAAGCACAUACCUGAAAGCCUUGAAAGUGUUGCCGACAAGUUCCAGAUGCAGACUACCAUGAUGCAGAGCUAUCUUGAGUCGGCCUCCACAACCCUUAGUGUUGUGAAGGCCAUGGUCCAGAGAGUCUUGCCAACCGGCGGCGAAAAUGAUGAAUCCUACCAAUACUUCGGACUGACUACGGAUACCGUCAUAAGCCAGACUAGAACCGCCAAGGUGUUCGCUAGCAAGGCCCACCGGUCGCUGGAGGACCAUAAGGCAAGAAAGAUGACCUUGGAUCCCCAAGAGGCUGAUGUGUUUGAGGAGUGUGAAUCCGCUGCCCGGCAGCUGGCGAACAUGGCCCAGGCCGUGGCUCUUGACUUGCAUACACUAACUUCGGAGGAGGGACGCGCCGAGCCCCUGACCUAUGACGAGGUCAAGGAAACUAUGCACCAGACAGCUCUAAGAGUCUUCUCCUCAAGUGAGGGUGGUCUGUGGUCAGCUUAUGUAUCGAGAAUCCGUGCGCUCUCAGCUCAACUUACAGACCUUGCUACGGUCUGUGGUGAUCUGUCGCAGACUCAGGAGUUCGAUCUCUCCACAGAGCCAUGGGUACUCCGAUCUCAAGAGCUCAAGGCGCAGAAGGUGCAGCCCGUUGAUGUUGAAGAGCAGCUCCUUCAGCUCAAGGAGCAGUACAACGAAGCUCGCCUUGCCGUUGCCGUGCGGGAGGAAAGCCUCAGCACCUCAGCCCUCCGAAUUGAAACCUUGGAGGCCCGCAUGCGGGACGCUAAUACCAAGGCGUCACGCAUUACGGACCUUGAGGCGCAGAUUCUGGACGCCCAGGCUAGCAUGUCUAAGCUCAAGGAGGACAUUGAGAAGCAAGACCGAGAGCUUAAGACGCUCGAGACAGAUCGCGACACAUGGAAGAAGGUCGCUGGAGAGACUCGUGUCCUCAGCGGUGAUGCUGGCUCCACCAAAGCUGGCCGCGAACAAGCUGUGGCGACGCAACGCGAGAUGGACGCCCUCCGGAACGACAUUGCGAGCCUCCAGGCCGCGGUGCGUUAUCUGCGUGAAGACAACCGCCGUGCCCGCACCACCGAGCAGCAUGCAUACAACUGGCUCUCGGAGCCCCUGAAGAAGCCCACACCCGUUGCAGAGCAGCGCCGCGCUCUCGUUGUCGCUGAGGGCAAGGAUGUCCUGGGCGAGCUGCUGAAGAUGGCCGGGUCCGCAAAGGUGUACGACCUCAAGAAGCUACCCGAAGACCGGAUGGCCUGGCGACCCGCCAAGACGACGCCCCAGUACCACGCCGCUAAGCAGGCCGAGGACUUGGCCGCAUGGAAGAGCUGGCAGAACGCGGUGGUUGGCAAGGCCAAGGUCGUGGUCGGCGCCCAAAACGGACGCCGCGAGGCAAGCGAACACCGGGAGGCGAUGCGCAAGGCGGCCGCGAGGCUGAGGAUCAGACUGCCUGACGAAGAGGGCAAGACGAUCUUGGGCCGCGGAGAGGUGCAAAUCGCAGGUAGCGCGGAGUGGGAAGGUCUCCAGGGGCGGCUGGGUGUCGUGGUGUAG